CACAUAUCCGUAGUAAAUACCAAAAUCGUCAGAUUAAGUUGGUGCAGUGCUGAACGUAGAAAAACCAAAUCGACACACGAGAAAGUAGAAAAGCCAAAUCCAAAGAGAAAUUAUCUUUUCCCCUCUCACUCAAGCCAAAUCCCACCAUGAAAUGUUUGAAUCCUGAGAUUUAGGAUAUUGGGUCGUUUUGUUCUUAAGAGCUUCCAAUCUUUUCCAUGGCAACCGUCGCUCAAAUCUCCAUCAGUUCCUUAGCUUACAGGCUGAGCAGUUUGCACAAUGAGAUAAGCAAGAAACCCAUCAAAUAUUUUCCUUUAUCGAGGACAAAGAUUGGGUUUUUGAAGCAGAGCAAGUUCAGGUUGCAGGCUUAUUGGGACGGGGAUGGGAUUUUGGUGGAAGAUGAAGGGUGGAAGAGGAACAAGAACAAGAAAAGGGUGGUCGUGGUGAGGUUGAAUCAGGGGUUUGGUGGGUUUAAUGGUGGCGGAGGCGGCGGUGGUGGUGGUGGUGGGAAGGAUGACGGAGCCACUGCUAGACUUCUGGGUAAUUUGGCUGUGGCUAUUGGAUUGACUUAUCUUUCGUUUACUGGGCAGCUUCGCUGGCUUUUGGAUGCAAUUGUUUCCAUUUGGCUGAUAGCAGUGCUUGUACCAAUUGUUGGUGUGGGUGCUUUUCUGUGGUGGGCAGGGCGGGAUAUGGUUCAAGACAGUUGUCCAAACUGUGGAAACGCUUUCCAGAUUUUCAAGUCUACUUUAAAUGAUGAUUUGCAGCUGUGCCCCUACUGUAGUCAACCUUUCUCAGUGGUGGACGACAAGUUUGUAAUGGACCCUAUAAAAUUCUCCAAACAAUCUACAACAUUUGGGCAGGCAUUCAACGACUUCACCCGUUCCACAAGAGGGAAGGAUUCUUCGAAGGCAGUCGUUGAUAUCGAAGCAGAAGUAAAAGAUGCAGACUGAGGUUGCUUGGAAGAAAAACUACUUAUGUUUCGAAAUGAUUUGGUUACUCGUAGAUAAUGGAAAAUAGCACAUAUAGAAUAGACAACACAAUAGUUGUAUUGAGAAAGCUUCGAAAGAACAUUUUGCUUCGUGCGUUGUAUAUUAUUUACGGACGCGAAUUGUUCAUUUUCUUCAUGCAUUCUUUUGCAUUGGCCUUGUGCUUGAUGAAGCACGCGGAACCAAUUGAGUUUGUUCUAAGUUUUCGCAAUUGCUCACUCAACUUUCCUUCAUAUAAGGCUAUGAGAUAAAAAAAUUUCCCAUUCA